AAUUUAUGUCUCCUAGUGUAUUUCCCAUUAAGUUUUGAUACAUAUUGCACGAAUCAGGGCAUUCUCGGAACUAGAGAAAUAUAGAGGGGAAGAGAGAAGAUGAUGUGAUUAAAAAGGCAAAAGAGUCGGUGCUACGUUGCAGGAGCUUAAAAGAGAGAGGUGCACGUUGGUUCAUGAUGGCGCAAAGAAGUCCGAGAGCACCAUUGUUCUAGUGCGCUGUGCUUCUAGUUUUUGUACGGUUCCACAUUGCUCUUUGAUGUUCUCUUCCCUUUAAUCUUUCUGCGUAUCCAGAACAUCCCCGCUCAAAAACCCAAGAAUUUGCGACAUGGGUCUGGUUAGUUUUGCACUUUUAACUUCACCAUGAACGAGGAAGGCAGAAGAUGGAUUGGAGACGAUUACCGUUUGGUGGCAUUGAAGUUUUUGUUUAAAGAUAAGAACUUUUUCCUGUAAAAGGAUACUAAAAGAAGCUGGAAGAUGAACACCAGAGUGAGGGCAAGGCUACAGUCUAUGAAGCCACUAGAGAAGAAUAAAAAAGAAAAGGUAGAAAUGCAAGGGAGUGAGAUCAAGGAAACCAGAAAAGCAAUCAGCAAUGGAAGAGCUUUGAGCAGAGAGAGGAAAUUGGCUUUGCAACAAGAUGUUGAUAAGUUGAAGAAGAAGCUUAGACAUGAAGAGAAUGUACACAGAGCUUUGCAGAGGGCAUUUACAAGACCCUUGGGAGCUCUGCCUCGUCUGCCUCCUUAUCUGCCUCCUUAUACGUUGGAGCUUCUAGCAGAAGUGGCUGUUUUGGAAGAGGAGGUGGUUCGGCUCGAAGAACAGGUAGUGCAUUUUAGGAAGGACUUGUAUCAGGAAGCUGUAUACAUUUCAACCUCCAAGAGGAAAAUGGAAACAUCAUCAGCUGAUUCAUCUGAUUUGCACCCGAUAAAGAAUCCCAAAUUUCAAUCUCAAAGAGGAAACAAUUCUACCAUUUCCACUGAAAAGUAUUGUCCAUCCCGUUCUGUUUCAGUUUCAGAUGUUAAGCAGGGAAAAGAGAACCAAUCAUAUAAUAAUUCUACGAAGAGCAACGACAGAGCCUUGAUCCAUCAAACUCAGGUUAGGACUCCAGCGAAGAGACCUCCAAUCGAUCACAGAACAGCAGAAAAGCAUUUAGAGCCUCAAAAACUUCAGGUACGUGACCAAGAAAGUGCACAAGCAAGACUUCCUAGUAUCCCGGACAAGGAGCUGUCAGGAGAUGACAGUCCUAACAAAAUUUCAGAAAGUAUUGUCAAGUGCUUAUCAAGCAUUCUCACGAGAAUUAGUUCAGUUAAGAAUCUGGGUCCUGCAGAAAAUGAAAGAACAGAAAAUUGGGAUCCUUAUGGUAUUUGUUUGGAAUUUGGACAAAGAGAUAUCGGUCCAUAUAAGCAAUUACACGCAAUUGAAGCUCAGAAUAUUAAUCCAAACCGAAGAGCAAAUGCUUUGUUCCUACUCCGCAGAUUGAAACUACUGUUUCGGAAACUUGCUUCUGUAAAUUUACAAAGCCUCAGUCAUCAGGAGAAGCUUGCCUUCUGGAUCAAUAUCUACAAUUCCUGCAUGAUGAAUGCCUUCCUCGAGCACGGCAUACCUGAGAGUCCAGAGAUAAUUGUAGCCCUAAUGCAGAAGGCAACAAUAAAUGUUGGAGGACACAUCCUGAAUGCAAUAACUAUUGAACAUUUCAUCUUGAGACUGCCGUAUCAGUCAAAACAUACCUUCUCUAAGGGCACAAAAACUGACGAGAAGACGGCAAGAAGUACUUUUGGAUUGGAAUUAUCCGAACCAUUGGUAACAUUUGCACUAUCAUGUGGCAGCUGGUCUUCCCCUGCGGUGAAAGUGUACACUGCAUCCCAAGUUGAGAAUGAACUGGAAGUUGCAAAAAUAGAGUACUUGCAAGCUGCAGUAGGAAUUUCAUCAGAUAAGGUUGCAAUUCCAAAGAUAUUGGAUUGGUAUUUACUUGAUUUUGCUAAGGAUUUGGAGUCUUUGCUUGAUUGGAUCUGCCUUCAGCUCCCAAGUGAAGUGGGAAAAGAAGCACUCAAGCUUCUUGAAAGAGGGAAAAAUGAGCCCCUUUCACAAUUUGUCCAAGUUACGCCCUAUGAGUUUAAUUUUAGGUACCUUCUAUACAAAUGAUCCAAAUUUUUGGUUCUGCAAAUUAUUGUUCACAUCAUCCCGGGGGGAUGGGGUGGGGUGGGGUUUAUGAUUUUGUACAUAGCUAUAGACAUAUAUGCAAAUUACAUGUAUAAUAUCUGCUCUCUUUCAACUGUAAGUAAUAAUGAGAUAAAUGAGUCGAGUUUCAAAGCACUAUCUAUGAUUAGAAGCGGCUUUUAGCUUAAGUGGUUUAGAACAUCUAUGUUUGCACUCCGGUCAUGUGUUCUACUCCUUAUCUCUCAACACUAGGGUUUGUAGCUCAAGUAGUUUAGCCCAUUUACAUAUCCACUCUAGUCGUGUUCUCUACUCUCCAUUCCCUAAUAUUAGAAUUUGUAUCUUAAGCAGUUAAGAGGAUUUACUGUUGCACUCUGAUCCUCUAUUCAGUUUCGCCUUCUCGGAUAUUGCUUAUAUUAAAAAGUACUAGUUAUGAUUU